AUGGUUAGGGCAACUAUCGAGCAUGCUCUUGGAGAAAUCUCGAGGCGACCCGAAGUGAUCCUUCGCGAAACAAACACAGAGACCACGAUGUCCCGCGGGAUACGGGAGCUAAAUCAAGACUCAUGCUCUCCAACACCAAGUUCUAAGAACGUCACUCUGCCACCAGGCUGUGUUCUCAGUGGCAGCAACUCUAGCAUUGUCGACGUUGGUGAGUGUAAACCAGUUGCCUGCUUAAGAAAUGACACUACGUUAAAUUCUUCGUGCCAGGAUCCAUCUUUCUGCUGUGGACCGCGUGAUUUUAUACAAGUCCAGGUUGACUGUGGGGACGUCUUGUCAUUUAACCUGUCUAAAGUGAAAAAAUGUUCCUGUGGAGGCUGUACUGAAAAGGUCACAAUUCUACAAGGCAUAGUUGUGGGUGGGCCAGAGGAAAAACUCAUGAGAUAUGGGGAUGUGAUAUACAAUAGUGAAGUUGUCGCUUACACAGAUGGAGAAGGAAAAUUUUCUUUCACAAUCCCAGUCAAGGUGAAAAGAGCCAUAGUUACUUUCAAAGAUUCAUUUUAUGAAGAGUUUGAAGAAAGAAGUAAGGUUUUCGUCAUAAAUGAAGGCAGCAGCGGCUUUUACAAAAUAAAACUAAAACGAAAGCCAUCACCCAUUUCUUUCAAUGCUUCAGAACCUCUUGACGUCCCCUUGGGAAGUUAUCCAAAUAUUGAUAGCUUUGCAGACCUUGAACUCCCAGAGGAGACAUUCCUUACGGAGGAUGGCUCUGUCUUCCGGGGAAAUGCUAAAGCUUCAAUCAGUGUUACCGAUUCUCGUAACCUAUCAGAUGUCCUAGCAGCUCCCGGAGACUUCAGCACGACAGAUGAAGACGGUGAAGAAGAAAUUUUAGAAACUUUUGGCAUGAUAAAACUGAGCUUUCAAGAUGAAAGUGGAAAACAACUGGCUAUGUCCAAACCUAUGAAGGUGUUUCUUGACCCUGAGAAACUCAACUUAACUAUUAAAAAUUCCACUAGUGACGUGCCCCUUAAACUAUAUUGGCUUGACAAGAAGACAGGGCGUUGGAGAGAGGCUGGUAACUUUCAGCUUGAAGACGGCAGUAAACGGAGAAGGAAACGGUCCCCCAGAGUUUUCUUUGUUGGCACAGUAACCCCCGCAAUAGCAAGGGAAAAUCUCAAUUUUGACGCACCGACCACAAGAGUUGCAGUGAGGGUUACGACAGACCCAUAUCCCCGGCCCCCUGGGAGUGCAGGCGCUGUAGUAAGAGUUAUUCGAAAGGAAGGAGCUGUCUUCAGAGGUUACAUUGAGGAAACUACAACGGCGGAGGGCUUAGUUUGUGUUCCAAUAUGGCGCGAUAAAACAUGUCAUAUUCAAGUUGAAUCGAAUGGUAAAUACAUGAUUCCAACAAGAAUGAAUGAUCUUCCAUCAAACAUCCAAGCUACACCAAAAGAAGAAGUUCAAGACGAUACUGGUGCAGAAAUUAAAUGGAUUGAGUUUACGAGCACAUUAGAUGAAAAUAGCGCUUUGUCGACACCAAUGUACAAACAUACUACUACAGAGGUAGAGAAGUGUAAAUCUCCCCAACCUCGUCCAGAAGGUUCUCAGUUUACCUUUGAAGAACCACAGACUGUAUCUGACUUCUCCAUCUUGACCGACAUUAAUACGGCAUUUUGGAUACCCCUCGGCUGUUACAUUAAAAUUAAAGUAAACGGCGACAAUGCCAUUUUUGCCGCAGAGAGUUACAAAGAGAACGACUUCGACGAAACAGGAAAGAUUGGUUUGCAUAUCCGGAUGUCAACAACUGUCACUGGGGGUGGAAGUAACACCGUGUGUCUUCAGUUCAGCUGCCCCACAAACAGUGCAUACACUUAUAUCAAAGUCGCGCCGCUGACUAAAACGUGCUUGUUUCGUAGUGUUCAUCUUGAUUUGUCAAGCGUCCAGCAUCCAACUUGUCCUAUAAAUGGUAUAAGUAGAAGUGUUUGUGCUAACCAACCUCCCGCAAUCCAAGCACAAGAAAAGUGGCUGUGGAUACCCAAGAGUAGCGCUUCUCAGAGUACUUAUAGAACGUUUAGUGACAGACAAAGGGGGCAGGCCAGAUGCCUUGUUGGUAAUCAAGGUUAUACGAGCGCAUCGACAGACACCGUAACUGAGCUUGGAUAUGCUUUGGAAUAUGAUUGCAGGUAA